AUGUUGCAGAAAUCAGUUCUCCUGUCCUCUGCGGUGACCAGUGCUCAUGCACUUGCCACUCGCCAGGCCGGAUGCACCUUCAGCCUCACUACAGCAGGCACAGUCGCUGCACCGGUCGGUCAAUACGGCAGUGGACAGACCAGAGCCGGGCUCGCCGACACACCCUCUAGCUUCUCCUUGACCGGAAACACACUCUCAGAUGCCCAGGGCCGAGGAUGCUGGUGGACACCGCCCGCCACGGUAUUGCAGUGCGAUGUUGGCCAAGCUCCUGAACCGGGUUUCACCAUCGGCUGCGACGGCACAAUUUCGUUCAACGGCCAGACGACCUUUUACGAAUGCCAGACGGGCGCCGACGGUCUGGUCAUGAUCUACCAGCAGCCGCACGGAUCCGACUGUGGAGAGAUCACCCUCGUCGCUAACGGUUGUCAAGCAGCUGACUGCGCUGGCUCGGGCAACUCUGCCGGAGCUGGAGCGGGUACGACUCCAAGUGCUGGUGCUGGCUCGGGCACGACUCCAGGUGCUGGUGCGGGCGCGGGCACGACCCCCGGUGCUGGUGCUGGUGCUGGUACGACCCCCGGUGCUGGCGCGGGUACCACUCCUGGAGAAGGCUCUGGUGCUACGCCUACGGGCGGCGCCGGUGUUUACCCAACAGGCGGUGCAAGCACUGCCCCCAGAGGUGGCGCGGGCACUGUUCCUGGAGAAGGCUCUGGUGCUACGCCUACGGGCGGUGCCGGCACGACUCCCGGUGCUGGCGCGGGCACGAACCCUGCUGCUGGUGCGGGCACGACUCCCGGUGCUGGCGCGGGCACGAACCCUGCUGCUGGUGCGGGCACGACUCCCGGUGCUGGCGCGGGUGCUACCCCGGGAGCUGGCGCGGGUACUACCCCCGGAGCUGGCGCGGGCACUACCCCUGGAGCUGGCUCCGGUGCUACCCCUGGAAGCGGUCAAUGCGAUCAAUGCCCUGCCCAAACUACGACGGUCUACGUCACAGAACAAACCUCGUAUGUGACCGUGUCAGAUUGUGGCGGACAGACACCGUCCGCUGGUGUGCCGGGGGCCGGACUACCAGGAACUGAGACCGGUCCAGGUGCGCCUGGCACCACUGGCAUCCCUGGUACGGAAACCGCUCCGGGCGCAACGGGUUCGGCUGGAGUUCCUGGUACCGGAGCAGGUUCUGGGCAAACAUACCCCACCGGUACUGCACCGGGCGAGACUGGCGUCCCAGGUACUGAGACUGGUCCCGGAAGUGCCGGUUCGACUGGAGUUCCGGCUACCGAGACAGCACCAGGCGGAUCGGGCGUUGCGACCGGAACUGCUCCCGGACAGUCGUCGUACCCCGGUACCGGUGCCUCGACUGGCACUGGAUCCACGCCGACUUCGGGCUCAGGUUCCGGCUCAAGUGGUUCGGGCUCUGGAUCUGGAUCUGGAUCUGGUUCGGGCUCUGGCUCAGGCUCUGGUUCAGGCUCUGGCUCUGGCUCUGGCUCUGGCUCUGGCUCUGGCUCUGGCUCUGGCUCUGGCUCUGGCUCUGGCUCAGGCACUGGUUCAGGCUCAGGUUCUGGCUCAGGCAACUGCCCCGCCGAACUUACCGGUGCCUGGGAGUCUCCCAACGUGAUCGUCCCAGUCGACAGCGGCAACCCCAGCACCGCGUACGGCCAGUCCUACUUUGGCGAGGUCUCAUCCACCAUCUCCACGGUGUUCAACUUCCCCAUCCCCGCCAGCGACAACGGCCGGACCUGCAACGUGAUCUUCAUGUUCCCGACGAAGCCCGAGCUCGAGACGUCGUCGUUCAACAUGACGGGCUCGGGCGCCAUCAACUUCGCGCGCCUGAGCGGCGAGGUCAAUGCCGGCACGACCUACAGCAACGUCCCCGCCGUCGCGCAGCAGUACGCCCCGGUCACGGCCGUCCCUGGAAAUGCUUACACGCUCGACUCGUUCGCCUGCCCCGGCGGCCAGAACGUCGCGGUCCAGAUGAGCAGCCCUGGGGCCGCCACCAAGCUGCGCUUCUUCGAGGAUUACAACCCUUGCCCUAUUGGGUUGUUCAUCACCACUUCCUAG